AUGUCAUCCUCCUCCGUGCGGGUGACCAACUACCCCGCUAUCAAAAAUGCGCCCCUUGUCGGCCUCGCAGAAGGCAACGGUGCCUUCAACAACCUCCACUUCGCCGCCUUCAUCGUCGUCGUUCCCUACAUCCUCAAGUCUUUCCUCCCUCUGGUGAAGUAUGGCGGCUUCAAGACCUACCUCUUCAUGGUGCUUCUUACGGGCCCACCCACCGCGGUCGCAUACUGGGCCCUGAACAGUAUUUACGGGUCGAGGAAGAACGAGAAGGUCACGCUCCCUGGCAAAGACAUCGAGGAAUACAUUACGAUCAAGGACGCCGAGCUGGCCAAGGUGUACAAGGGCAAGGAGAAGAUCCCCAUGCAGGUCUUCCACGACGCGUUUUUCGACGGCAAGGUCGAGUUCAAGGGCGACGUUCUCGACCUUCUGGAGCAGCGCCACGACUGGGCCAAGAUGAACUUCACCUACGAGCUCUUCAAAUACGUCUUCACCGUCUUCAUUCCAGAGGUCGUCGUCCACUCCCAGGCGCAGGACGAGGAGCAAGUCCGUGGGCACUAUGACCGCGGUGAUGACUUCUACGAAUGGUUCCUCGGUCCUCGCAUGAUCUACACCUCUGGUAUUAUCCUCAACCCCGACGUGGAAGAGUCUCUUGAGCAGCUCCAGGACAAUAAACUUGCCGUCGUCUGCAGCAAACUCGACCUGAAGCCCACAGACAAGCUCCUCGACAUUGGCUGCGGUUGGGGAACCCUCAUCGCCUAUGCCGCGAAGAACUUCGGAUGCGACGCGACUGGUGUUACUCUCGCAAAGAACCAGGCCAAGUUUGGUACUGAGAGGAUUGCAAAGAACGGUAUCCCCUCGGACAAGGCUCGCAUCCUCUGCUGUGACUACCGCGAAAUCCCCACAGGCACCAAGUACGACAAGAUCGUCACGCUCGAGAUGGCUGAGCACGUUGGUGUCCGCCGCUACUCCCAAUUCCUGUCUGAGGUCUACGAUCUUUUGGAAGACGACGGCAUCCUUGUGUACCAAGUCGCCGGUAUCCGUCCCUCGUGGCAAUACGAGGAUCUCGUUUGGGGUCUCUUCAUGAACAAGUACGUCUUCCCUGGUGCGGAUGCCUCCUGCUCGCUCGGUUGGGUCGUCAGCAAGCUGGAGAAUGCCGGCUUUGAGGUUAAGAACAUCGAUGUCCUCGGUGUUCACUACUCGGCUACUCUCUUCAGGUGGUACAAGAACUGGUUGAGCAACAAGGAGAAGGUCGUCGCGAAGUACGGAGAGAGGUGGUUCCGUGUCUGGGCUUUCUUCCUUGCUUGGGCUACUAUCACCAGCCGACAAGGAGGUGCUUCCGUCUUCCAGCUUACUCUUCACAAGAACUUGAACGCCUACCACCGCGUUGCUGGCAUCAAGAACCACGCCUCUAUCCACGUCAAGUUCGAGAAGGAGCCAAUCUUGAUCGAGUGA